AUGGAUUCCUCUGCUGCGGAAGCAUUCAAAUUGAAGAUUACUUGCUGCUGGGAGAUUGAGCAGACAACUGAGGCUAUCCCCGAGCACCUUCUUCGCAGGCCAUCAGACAAUGAGACGUGGAUACAGCGCUUCGUUACGAAAUUCGAACUUGAUGUCCUACGGCCAAUGAUUGAAGCUCUUCCAACAGCACACAUUGUUCAAGAGGCUAGGGGUCGUCAAUACGCGGAAAUCGCGGUCACCAAACCUUGCCUUCAAUUCAUGUCCACACUGUCCAUACCGCUGAGAGUCGAGUCCAAUUUUCCAAAUAACCAGACAACGCCGAGAGAAGGGGAAAUCAAUGUGUACGGUAUCGCAACAGCCAGACAAAGAACCGAAAUGGUCUUCACGUUGUCCGCAACUGCGGCGAUCUGGUCAGGAAAGUACGGCCAUGGCCUUGUCAGAUACUAUCUGCGCUACACCAGGAACAGAAAUGUGCUGGUAAAGCUUGUGUGGGCGAUGCUGCUCCAUAGAAUACUGCAAGCUGACGAGGGCCGCGAUAUAGGCGGAACGUUGCGGAACAACGUCGCGCUCAGCAAAUUCGCAGCCGCCGCUGGUUUCUUCCUCGUGCCCCUGCGCAUCCUUGUCAACCCGUUAACUAGUUGGAUGCUGCUGCUGCCGAUGGGCAAACUGUACAGGACCACGUCAGCGGCUGUGCGGAAGCGGAUGAGCAACCCCAAUGCCGGCAAGGACAUGCUCUCGCACUGGCUUCGCGCUUCCGAAGUAUCAGGGACACUGAGCAGCGUUUUGUAUCACAUGAUCAGACAUCCCAAGGCUUGGUCGACGGCCCGCGACGAGAUCGAUGCCGCUCGUGCCCAAGGGCGCUGCCAACAUCGCGAUGUUUCGUCGCACGACGCCCAGAGCCUGCCUUAUGUACAAGCUUGCGUAAAGGAGUCGUUGCGCUUGUUUAGCCCAACGACCAUGGGCUUGCCUCGUAAGGCCCCGAAGGGCGGCAUCACUAUCGCAGGCCGACACUUCGCAGAGGGCACCACUCUCAGUGUUUCUUCGCAUGCAGUGCACUUAUCGACGGACAUCUGGGGAGCUGAUGCUCACCAAUGGCACCCGGAACGCUGGAUGUCUGGCUAUACAAAGGAGUUGGAGAAAAACUGGUUGGUGUUUUCCGCUGGGUUUAUGACGUGCCCGGGGCGUCACCUUGCGCUGAUGCAGGUCUCUAAAGUAGUAGCUUCUCUGAUCCACUGCUACGACAUCCGUCAGGUGGAUCCGGACAGCGUGUGGAGCUACCAGGCUAACUUCACCGCGCUGACGCACUCGUGGCCGGUCUAUGUGAAGAAGAGGAUGGAUUGA